UCUCUCUUUCAUUCUCUCUCUACUUUCCUUGUUCCUUGUUCCUUGUUCUAGCCUCUCUCUCUCUAAAUUCAUAGUCGGUUUCAGCUUUUCGGUUCCAGAAAUUCUCUCCGCUUUCUCUGACACUAUAAUGUGGUGUUUUCUCAGUCGAUUUUCUCUGUAAAUUCCAGUGUUUUGGGUCUCUGAAUCGUUUCAUGAGAAAAUGUUAAGACAUGGGCAUGAAGAGCAGAAACUAGACACACCAAAGAAUACCUCAAGUACUUUGGAUGAGGGUGCAAACAUGUUCACAUAUAAACUUAUUGAGGCUGAGGGCAAUGGAUCCUUGUUUACUUACCCAGAGGAUGAAGGCAUUGGAGUGGAGUAUUUACUAGCGGAACCUAAGUGUAACAAUUUGGUUGAUGAUGUUUUAGGUUUUGAGACAUUGAAUCCUCAGAAAUUCUUCAGUGUUGGAGAUUUUUCACACGCUGUUGAGAAUGACCAAAGAAAAAUUGAUGGUGAUGCACAGGAUUCUAAUUUCACUCGAGAAGAAGAGCAUGCAAGCCUAGAAUUUCUUGAUGGAAUGCUGGAAGGAACUGAAGGAGUUCUUCAAGGGAUGAAUAAAGUACCAUGUUCUUGUGAAGAUUUUCUUUUGGAUACCAAACUUGCUGAUCCAGUUCCAAAUUUGGAGCAUGGUCCAUGUGGAGGCUCCUCUUUUGGAAACUUGGGUUUGGAGAGCCCCUCUUCAAGUUUCAAUGGAAGAGAUUCUGGUGUUAAAUAUACUUAUAAUCAGAAUUCUUCUUUGCAUGACAACAUGACAAUUCAUGGAUUACAUGAGGACUUUAAGAACAUAUUUGGAGGAGGAACAUCAAUUAAGGACAAGCAGUGGCUAAAACUCCAUAUUUCAUUUGGUUUGCAGAACCUUGUAGAGUUGGACAACGGUUUGAACCUCUUGAAACAGGGUGUAACUUUCAAUGAGAAUGAAGCCAAAUCAAACUUCUCAUCUAGGAAUGAGUUCUGCAGCAGUGCAUUCAUCUCCUUCUCAAGUGUGGUCAAUGAUAAAACAGUGUCAGGACGCCAACAAGUGAAAAAUGAUUCUUUGCAGACAUUAUCUUCUGAUGAUAACAGAGUUGGAUUUUGUAUUCUAGAUUCAGGAGAAAAAGAUUUGCUUGUUACACAAAAAAGAUUGCGUAAGCCCACUCGGAGGUACAUUGAAGAACCUUCAGAGCAGAAAGGAAAAUAUCAUAGUAGAAAAUGUGGAAUUUCUUAUAAAAGGUCGAGGGAUAAAUUUCCACAUGUUGGAUCUCAUGAGCAGCAUCGCCAAGCUGGAUUUGGAGCAUCAUCAUUGGAUUGUCAACAGGAAUUCUUUGAAGGAGCCUGUAUCCAAGUACCAUUUGGUCUUCCUGUACAGGAAGGGUGCUCAAAGAGAAAUACAUCAAUUUUGGGGUGCCAGGAAUCCGAGGAUUGCAAGGACAGUGGAAGCUUGGUUCCAAAUGAAAUUUCUGAAAUGGAGCCUUUUCCAGCUGAAUCUCAAGAUGAUAUGUCUGAAGACGAUUGUAUCACGAUUAUAAAUACUCAAAAAGGUAGAAGUCGUAGAAAACACCAUAUGUUGUGGACACUUUCUGAGGUGAUGAAGUUGAUUGAAGGUGUUUCUCAGUAUGGUGUUGGAAGGUGGACUGAAAUAAAGCGGCUACUUUUUUCAUCAUCUACUCAUCGCACAUCUGUAGAUCUUAAGGACAAAUGGCGUAAUCUUCUAAGAGCUAGCUGCACAAGGUUGCAUAAUAAGAGAGAGGUCGAGCAAGGACGCAAGCAUGCAUCCCACCAAAUUCCGCAGUCUGUUCUGGGCCGUGUGAGAGAGCUGGCCCUCAUUUAUCCAUACCCAAGAGGACGCAAGUCCAAGGAUACGUGUACCCCUGUUGUGUCUCCCAUCCCUUCCUCCACGGGUAAACUGGUUCCCAUGUCGACUGCUGUAAAAGGGUAAUAUAGUCUUAUAGAGCAAAAAAGUUACUUUGAAAUGUGAACUGAACCACUUACAGACUCGAAAUGUUUUACUCGGAAAAACGAACAGUUGAAAAUGAAGGUUCACCCCCAUCAAAUACCGAUCAGUUUUCUUCUCUACUUGGCAUGUACAGGCAUGGUGGUUUUAUGUCUAAAUCCUUUUAGAGUGGGAUGGAUGGCUGAACGUGUUGCUUGUACAAGCAUCUUCAAUCUUUGAAUCCAAUUGCUUGUAACUGGUUGUUGA